AAACAGGCUUUUUUUUAAGAACUAACAGUCCGAGAGCAGCAAAAACAUUAGCUCUGGCAGCAACUGUGGGAAAAUAUUUUAAGGAUGGCUUGUUAUUAUUCCUCGCUGCUUUUCCUUCUCUUGUUCACGUUGGUUUCUGGAGGAUGUAUAUCAGAGUUGUACCAAGACAUAUACUGGCAAGGAGGAGACCUUCGCUCUGUGUUUGCACCUGAUGUUGAAUAUUGCCAGCUUGUAUGUACUUUUAGCCCACGUUGCUUGAUGUUUUCAUAUCUCCCUGCGAGCUGGCCAAAAGAAAAUGAAAGGUUUGCAUGCUAUUUAAAGGAGAGUGCCACAAACAUGCUGCCGAAAGUGACAUUAACUGGGGUGAUCUCUGGCCAUUCUUUGAAAAACUGUAAGAGUAAAAUAAACGUCUGCCGUGACAAAAAUUUCCCUGGAAUUGAUAUGAUUGGUACAAACUACAAUGUGACUUCAACUGCAAAUGUACAGCAGUGCAAGGAAGGGUGUACUAAUGACAUAUACUGUCAGUACUUUACAUAUGUGACACAAGAGUUUCACAGUGCCCAACUGCGAAACAGGUGCUAUUUCAAGUACUCUGGUAAAGGCAUGCCAACAAGAAUAAGGCUCCUGGAUAAUGUGAUAUCUGGCUUCUCGUUAAAAGCAUGUGGAAAGUCAUCACUAGGUUGCCAAAAUGAUUUGUUUCAGAACAUGGAACUUCCCGGAGAAACCCUAACAAGAGUUUUUGCCCCAGAUGUACUCACUUGCCAAAAGAUUUGUACAUUCUAUCCAAACUGUUUGUUCUUUACAUUUUUUAAAAAAGACUCAAAAGACCCUUUGCAAAGGAAUGUUUGCUAUGUAAGAACAUCCACCAAAGGGAUACCUGAUGAAGUAAUAAAUAAAGAACACACUAUAUCUGGCUUUAGCCUUCUGUCUUGUAAAUUUAGUCCCUCAGUGUGCCCAUUGACUAUGCUGUCUGACUCAGAGUUCCUCGGAGAUGAGCUGCUUGUAGAAGAAGUCAGCGGAGAGAAAGAAUGCCAACAAGCUUGCACUAAUAAUAUUCGCUGCCAGUUUUUUACCUAUGGACCAGUGAAAUCUGGUUGCCUGGAGAAAAAGUGCAAAUGCCACAUGAAGAUAUCUUCCAAUGGGUUGCCAACUGGUAUACGGCACGGGAACGGCGGCAUAUCAGGAUUUUCUUUAAGGCUGUGUAAAAUGAAAUCUGUCAAAGGAUGUGGAGAGCCAAGUGAACAUGCAAAUAGAAUUGUUGGCGGUACUGAUAGUGUACUUGGGGAAUGGCCAUGGCAGGUUUCCAUGCACCUCCGACUUGGUGCCAGUUACAAAAAGCAUGCAUGUGGUGGAUCUAUUAUAAGUAACCAGUGGAUAGUAACUGCUGCACACUGUGUGGCCCUGUAUCCCCAACCUCAAAUGUGGAUUAUUUAUAGCGGAUUUGUAAGAAUAUUGAAUAUAACAAAAUCGACACCAUUUUCUGAAUUGGAAAAAAUAAUAAUUCAUCCUCAUUACACCGGAGCUGGAAAUGGGUCUGACAUUGCCCUGCUAAAACUCAAAACACCAAUCGUAUUUAAUGAUCAUCAAAAAGCAAUCUGCCUUCCACCAAGUGAAGCGACUCUUGUACUUCCUAAUUCAUGUUGGAUAACUGGAUGGGGUUACACUGAAGAAACGGGAAGCCCUGGCAAUGUUCUUCAGAAGGCAGAAGUGCCCCCAAUUUCAACCGAGGAGUGUCAGGGCAGCUAUGUGGAGACAAGGAUUGAUAAAAAGGUCCUUUGUGCUGGAUAUAAAAGUGGUAAAAUAGAUGCUUGUAAGGGGGAUUCUGGGGGUCCACUUGUCUGUGAGGUGGAUGAGAUAUGGUAUUUAACCGGCAUUACAAGUUGGGGUGAAGGAUGUGCCCGUCCUGGGAAGCCCGGAGUUUACACGAGAGUGUCAACAUUUACCAACUGGAUUCUCGAACACACGAAAUUAUUUACCGGAAUAUGUGCUUCGUUUGUAUUGCCCACAUGAACCCAGUUCAAUGCAAGCCACACAUAUCAAAGCACAGGUUUAGUGAAAAAAUAGUUUUGCUUUUCUAGAUGGAAAAUACUGUAGACACAUUUCUUAGGAUUACUGCCUCAUUAUACUAAUGAUUCUCUUCUGUCAACUAGGAAACUCUUGGCCAUUGUGGAACUUUCCCGAAUAGCUGGCAGUUAGCACAAGGCUCUUCUCUGUCUUCUUGCUCCUGACAUUUCAUUGUCUAUGUGUCUCAAUGAUGGACAAUCUAGGGCACUGGUCUAAGGGACACCCAUGUGAAGAGUGGUGCCAAAAUGCAAAAAAAAAGCUAUUUAACUUUUUGCAUGGUCUCUGCUUUCAUGAAAAUCCAUUGUCAAGCAAGUCAUAAAAAAGGCUCUUAAAAGAUAGACUUGUAGGCUGUGGUAGUCCAAGAAGCACUCACACACCCUGGCCUUCACCAAAAGAAGAAACCCCUGGUGCACAGCGAAAUGGAGGAAACAGCAACCUCACUAUCCAGUAGCGACAAGAAUUCA